AUGGCAAGACUCUUUGCGCCCCUGCGCCGCGUCUGCACUCGAACAUAUAGCAGCGGAACACCAGGUUCUAAGACCUUCGUUUUUCAAGAGGGAGACAGAGUCAUUAUCAAUGCCAAAAACCCCGUCUUAACCAAACCGCUGAAGAAGGACGACCAAACAACUGUAGCCAAUGGCACCAUAAAACAUGACGAUAUUAUUGGAAAACAAUCCCGAGAUGCUGUAAGGACAACAAAAGGCUCCUUGUUAAGGAUAACCCAGCCCACACUUGAAGACUAUAUUGUCCUCUCUCCACGUCAUGUCACUCCCGUUUAUCCCGCAGACGCAAAUUUAAUAGUGUCGUACUUGGAUAUCCAUGCCGUACCCCCGGCCAGCGAAGAGGAACGAGAUGAGCCUCUGGAGAUACUCGAAGCGGGAACGGGUCAUGGAUCAUUAACAUUACACCUAGCCCGGGCUAUAAAUGCGGCAAACACCCGCCCACCAGCCCUCCCCCGCCGCUCUCAAUGCCAUAUUCUCGAGCAGCCAGAAAUCAAGAAAACUGGCAUAAAGAAAGAGAAGAGGGACAGCGAGGUUCCGGCUGAGGAUGUGGAGAUCCAGCGGAAAUGGGAUGCGUGGUGUGCUCAGCGCAACGCCGUUGUCCAUACCGUAGAUAUAUCUCCCGUUUACUCCAAACACGCUGAGAAUAUCGCAACGUCGACUUCUACGUUUCUCGAGUUGAAACUGGGUGAAGGACAGGCAGCUCGCCGUUCAGCCAAGAUGGGACUCCUGGAUCCAUUCCUAUCACAUGUCAUCCUUGACAUGCCUCUGCACACCUGCGCAUUCCCCAUGUCACUCCAGCCAUGA